CCGAGCCAGCAAACGCCCAAUCCUCUCGACGAUGGCUGUCCUCGUCCAUUUCGAUUUGACCCAUCGCCAUGUCAGCUGCCUCCCGCGGAUCUCGUGUGCACCACGUGCGCAAGACGCCGAAUCCGUUCUUCACCACUUCAUCGGGGAUUGUUGGGAUUAACCUGCACGAGCCGACGGAGUUCUUGGCGCCAACCCUGGACGACCAUUACGUGGCACGUCCAACAGACAACAACCAGUCGGAGGAAGCCAAAUUGGUCAAGUUCAUGUACCAAACCACAACGUCUUCCAUUGGCGACGGCAUCGAGCGGCGAGAAAGCCCCAUGACGCAGCGCAUGGACAAGUUCAGUGUCAAGCGAGAAAUCCAACAAAGCGGGCUUGUCAAGAUCCGAUCGGUGAGCGUGAUUUCGCCGGAAGAGGUCCUAGCUCGGGCCAAAGCCGACCUGCUGCACCAAGACCCCACCAAGCAGCAAGCAGUGGACAUCCAAUUGAUCGCCGCUCCUCGCGGCGAGCAUCCCAUGUACACCACCAGGUACACACCCUCCAAUACAACAUGCGAGGACUACACGCGUCGUCGUUGUAGCACUCGCGUGGUGGGCGAAGAGAAAGGAGCGAUCCAAGUCACGACCGAGCGCAUUGUCAAGCCAGGCACGUUCACCAACUCGUUCAAUGGGUUCCGAUUCCGCGACUACGGGCUCAACACGGCUGUGACAAAGUCCAAAAUCUGCGACCAGUUGGACCACUCGUGAUUGAUUAAACUUUUUUAUCGAACUAAGUAACGAAUGAACGACCAGCUCAAUACAUUGUCGACGACAAUUCGC